GAUCGACCGAUCAUGAGGCAACAUGUGACACAGUCAACGGAUGGAGUCCUCACGGCUCAAACUGUUACAAGAAAAUGAGCACAACCAACGGUUGGCUGGGGGCUCGCCACGACUGCUUCUGGGAGGGCGGCGACCUUGUCUCCAUCACUUCAGAGGAUGAGGAGAAGUUUGUGAAGAAGCAAAUGGGCGACAAGGCGUUCUGGAUCGGAGUCUCCAAUCUGGUUUGCGACAAGGACUGGUGUCAGUUUUUUGAAGCGGCAGAAAAGGGGCUGACUUGGUCCGACACUGCUCUGACGCCGAUCUACGCUAACUGGACCUCGAGUCAAGACGGAAGGUAAG